CUCUUCUAAUCAGUAGUCUGAUUUCUAUCGAAACGUCGGACGGCUUGUCCGUCGUCCAUCCUUGUGGCAUCUCAGGGCUGUAAGCAUUCCAAAGAUCUCCUCCCUGCCCCAUAAUUACGGGCCAACUUAAUUACAGGCCCACCUAAUUACACGCCCAUCUCCCCAAAUCUCUCCCGUUAUCUCCGUUAACGAUUCGUCUCCUCUAACCGUCCCUGAACUACGCUUCGGAGCUGCCGCUCACCUGCAUCGCCGCUCCGCUUACCUGUUCCCUCUGAUCUGCUCACCGCCGACGGCCGUCCACUUCUCAUCCCCAUCCACCGCCAUUUUUUCGCCCCUUGUAUUCCAGCUGAACCUCCCGUUCGACCAUGCUCGGGCCCAAAUCCCCCGCUAGGCGCUGUUGAACUCGACGACCCACGGACGAAGAGCGAAAUCAACGGCCGAUCUGCGGCCCUGUCUCACAUCGCCGGUACGCCUCACCUCACUAGCCAGCAACGAGCGUACGGCCGUCUAGAUUGCAAGUUUUGGAGCACAACCCUGUAGGCAUUCGCGCUGCAGAUUUCUGCAACUAGCGGAAGCUACCAUGAAACCGGUGGAUGAGUGUUUGUUGAAGAGCCGAUUUGCUGCUGGUCGGUUGAGGGAUGUAGUUUUAGGUAUGGCGAAGGAACGCAAAGAUCAUAUUCGACUGCGAGGGUGGGGUAAUCUUCUGGAGGUUGGUUCUUUCUCAGCUCCCGAGGGACUGCUUGAAUGGAUUAUAGAUAGGACAAACCCCGAGCUUGGUGAAUUCAGGAACCCACGCAGCAAUGCUUCUAUAUUGUUCACGAAAGAUAUGAUUGUAAAAGUUCUUGGCCUACCUUCUGGUAAAAGGCCGGUUGUUCUCACUGGCAAGCACCAAGAAUCAGCACACCGUGAAUUCUUCAAAAUAGACUAUAACCAUGGAAGAAGGGCACCAAUACACCAUGCAAUCGAUAUGCUUGACAAGGGAAAUCUGGAUGAAGAAACAUACUUUAGGACCUUCUUUGAAGUAGCAUUGGGUACUUAUUUGUGCCCGGGAACUGGAAAUAUGUUACCUUUGGAAUAUCUUGGCAGCCUUGAUGAUUCAAACCAGGUCAAAGAUUAUGAUUGGGGUGCACACAUCCUUCAAAAUGUAAUGUCAGAGGUUGAUGCAUUCCAAAAGAAGAAAGCAAAUAACAAAUUACAAAAUGAACCAAAAAAGAUAUGGGUUGGUAGCUGCUUACCUGUGCUCGCGAUUAUUUUCAUGGACCAUCUUGAAUUCCCAGAGUCAAGCUUGUCGGUGCAUCACAUUGAUUACUCGCUCCCUAGAGCAUCACAUGUUUCUGACGCCGACUUCAAAUUUGUUAUGAAGCACGACAAAAGUCGAUUAAGUCUCAAUUCUCAUUCAUAUGGCGCACGCCCUUUCCGUCCUUUCCACAUGACUCCAUAUGCUAACCAACAUGCUCCAUUUGGGCACCAACCCGACCAGCCACCGUUGGUAUUGGUACCACAGCCUCCACCACAAACUAACAUUAUUCUGUCUGAUGCCACCACUCGGCAGGGCCAAACAAGUAACAUGAAUGUGACUAAUGUCACGCUUCGGCAGCGUGAAACAAAUACAAACCAUACUUCCAAUGUUAGUUUGCAAGCUUCCAAACAUGUCAUUACUCCGCAGGCCCAAACAAAUCGAAACCAUACUACUGAGGAGCAUCCAGAUUUCAUGAUCCCCAUCUUUGAAAAGCAUAAGCAAUUAUGGGCUAAAGAUAUGGAAGAUAUACAAGCAAUGUGUACAGAAAAACAUGGUACCCGCAUGGCUGAGUUUGCAAGGGAUGUCAUCGCAGCUUGGAAGGUCCAUCCUGCACCUACUACUUCCUUUGCGUCGCCCCCAAGGGCUGUAGAUGUUUCAAACAUUCACGAAGCCGAAGGUAGUGCUUCAAAGGCAACUCCCGAAACACGCUUCUGGAAGGAAGCCGUCCAGAUUGCACAGGAGGUGGAAAAGAGCAAAGAGAAGUCAAGCCGCCAAAAAAUGAAACCCGAUACACCAGCAAUGCGACUUCAGCUCAAACCAACCCAUAUCAAGCCACCUUCUUUCGGUCUUUUACUACCCGGUGAGAGCUGGUCUCAACCACUCCCGCCAACUGACCAACUUGAACAAGCAGAUGUUGUCACCACUGGUGUAGGAACCAGUAGUUCAGGACCCAUUGCACAAUCAUCCUCGCAUGAAAAAGAUCAAUUACCACCACUUGAACAAGAGCAGGCCGCGUCACCUAUGGAAGACCUAGCUAUCUCACCUGGACAUGACCCGGCGACCUCUCAUCAACAAGAUUUUGCUUCUGCUGCACCUACAAGUGUUCCAAACACAACUACUGGAACAACCCUUACAGUACCCACUGCACCCUCACAUGGGCAAGAUCAUAUAGCAUCACGUGAACACGAGCAUACAGCCUCACUUGACCCAGCUACAUCUCACAAACAAGCCCCAUCUGCUGCACCUACUAUUGUCAUAAAAAGAACUCCAGAACCUGUACACACAGAAGAUACUGAAACCAGCAUUGUCGACACCAUCGGUACACAAACUCAAGAAAAGAAGAAUAGGAAGAAGAGAGCUUUUCUCGGGCUUAACGAAGCAAACGCCUCAAAGAAGAUCAAGACUACCGAUGACCAGAAGGAAUCGUACUACAAAUUCAUUCUCAAACAAUGCGUCAAACCUCCCAAAAAAGGAGAAAAAAGGCCACAUUUUGUGGAUUUUGGUGACUACCAUAUCUCUUAUGAACACUUCCGUGAAGCGCUUCGACCCCGUGGUCACAUAGAUACCCACGUCAUGGAACUAUUCAUCAGACACUUCAACAACGAGACGGACAACGUGACAUCAAAUUUACACACAUGCACCAAGUUUGCUUUCUCACAAUCAUUAACGCAAAAACUACUGGUCGAUGAGGACAAAUUCGACCCUACGAGUUGCCUUCGCGAAUUCAACAAACUUUAUAAAGAACACAAACUCAAAUCAAAGGAUCUGCUAUUUUUUGCGAUUGUUGAUACCGAACAUUGGAUCUUGUGCUGCAUCAAUCUUAUUCACAAACAGAUCAACAUACUUGACUCUAUGAAAAGAGUACAUAAGACACAAGUUUAUGAGAAAGCGGAUGUUCUGGUUACUAAUUUUAGCAAGCUGGCAUCUCUCGCAAAAGCCUUCCCAAAUACUAAUUUCAUGGAGUUUGUAUGUUCAAAUCCUCUAGAAUGCCGCCUUCAGAGCACACUAUUUGAUUGCGGUGUCUUCACAAUGCUACACAUGCAACACUGGGAAGGCAAGAUACUGAAACCCUUCUGCAUGAAAAUGCUUGAAAACCGCAUGCUCAUUGUCCACGUGAUCCUACAUUCUACCUUGAACAAGGCUGAUCCAACCUGGGUUCUGAAGAAGAAAUAAGGAGAUCCAUUUGCUUCUAAAAAAUAUAGUUUCAGUCUAGCUUUGUUUCUGUUGGGAUCAACCAUGAUUUUUUUACUCACUUGUUCCGGGUUGGCAAGAAUUGGGAAUGUAGAAAUAAUAAGUUUCCGAAACGCUUUGUGAAUCAUAACAGGUUAUUUUAUAUAUUUGUAUGAAAUUUGAGUCUUCUCUAUUUGGUUGACUUUCA